AGAGGAAGAAUGGCGGAAAUUACUGAGUUGGAUGUUCUCGAGGGGAAAAUAGAAGCACUAGAAGCUAUAGUAUUUGGAAAUGCAGAUAAAGAUGCACAGUAUCCAAAAGGUUCUUCCGCAGACGUCCAGUGUAUUGACAACAUGACCAGUGUUCAGAGCAAUUUGUUUGCUGUAACGGCGGGAAAGAAAAAAAUUCUUCGAACAUUUGACAAAUUGCCAGAGUUGGAGAAGUACCUGGACCCAGCCUUUGUUGAUGAUUUGACCACACCACUUUCUGUCAAGUCUGAAGUCAUCCUUGCAGAGGAAGGCUUCCUGCAAAAACAAGCUGGAUAUCUGGACUUGAUGAAAAGUCUCGAAGAGUAUAUCAACAGCGAACACAUUCGAGCGGUGCCUACACUUUCCAGCAAAUUGCAUCAGUUAUGUGAACUUCAUAUACAGCAGCAGGACAAAGCUGCUGAGCUGACAGAAGAAGUUAGAUCUUUACUCAGCAACUAUAACUCCAUUGUAAAUUUACUUUCCAAGCAGUUUCUUCAGUGGGACGAAGUCAUCACGAGGGCAGAGAUGGAAGCUGGGGCUAAAAAGUCAUGAGUUAUUUCUCUUUUCACAUGGAUAGACGUGAACCACAACACAAUACAAGCACAAUGUUUGAAAGAAAAUAAUACGAUAUACCAUGUGGUUGACAUUGUUAAAGAUUUAAAGUUUCUGAUGCAAGACCCAUCGAGAUGAAUUCUUACAUUUACUGCUUUGUACAAUGCAUAUUUCGUAAGAGUACUUUCUCAAUUUUUGCUUAGUAAGAUCUUGUUUAUGUUCACCUUCCCCCAUCUUAAAUUGCUUGCAAUUUUUCUAUUAGCUCCUCACACUUCUUAGAAAAGAAAACUACUCUGGUUUGUUAAUUUAUGCAUUCUUUAAAAACCUCAAGUGUAGUUAUAUUGAUUUGAGACAUUACAAUUUAAUAUAUACAUAGCAAUAAAAGGGCAUAUGAACCUUGAUUCUUUGUAGAGAUAUUUAAGCUUGGCAUUGGGUGGUGAAAGGUAUUUUACUCAGGUCAAAAAUGGACGACAUGAAAUGGACUUUUUGUUUUACACAAUGGAAAAAAAGAAAGAAAUGUUUUAUUUAACGAUGCACUCAACACAUUUUAUUCACAGUUAUAUGGCGUCAAGACAUAUGGUCAAGGACCACACAGAUUUUGAGAGGA